UGGAGCACUUGAUGGAGAUCAGAUGGCCACGAUCCAACCUUAUGAUUUUAACAUUUUAGGCCUUAUUAUCAAGAUCUGAUGGUCAUCUAAGUAGGGACUAUGUAGACUCAGUUCCGCGACUCCAUCUCCGGCGACGCAACCAUUUUCUCCGUCAACGACGUCUCUAGUGAAUCGGUGGUUGGAAGAUGAAUCAGAAUGUACCGCAAUCAAGUUCAACCGAAGGAAGGGAAGAUGAUGAUUCUUCACUCUCCGAAUUCUUAUCUUCCUUAAUCGAUUAUACUCCCACCAUACCUGAUGAGUUGGUAGAGCAUUACUUGGCCAAGACUGGCUUUCAAUGUCCUGAUGUUAGAUUGACUAGAUUAGUAGCUGUUGCCACUCAGAAAUUUGUUGCAGAAGUUGCAGGCGAUGCUCUCCAGCACUGCAAAGCAAGGCAAGCACAAAUUCCAAAAGACAAAAGGGACAGGCAACAGAAGGAUAGGCGCCUAGUUAUGACAAUGGAAGAUCUAUCGAAGGCACUUCGUGAGUAUGGGGUGAAUAUUCGGCACCAAGAAUAUUUCGCCGACAGCCCUACUACUGGAAUGGACCCUGCCACUCGAGAAGAAUGAGCACUUUCUUGAAGCUUUUAUGAACUAUUUCAACGAUGCACCAACUGUAGCAGCGUCUUCUCGAAGCUUCCUAAGUACUGCAAUUGUACACACUAUAACAAUGUUUCUUUCACUUUUAGAUUGUUUUGAAACUUCUACUUCAUGUUUGCUUAAGAAUUGGGUUCUUUAGUUUUUGUUCAUCUAGGUCCAAUUUAUCAUUGGUUGGUUUUGUUCAUGAAUGUUAAUUUGUGAUAAUGUAUGCUUAUAACAAAAUUUUGUUGUUGAUGUUGAUGAGAUUGCGAUACUGGUAUGUUCAUCUA